GGUCAGAGAGACAUUUUGUUUGGCGACUUGCUGAUUGUCUUCCAUCUCAUCAGUGGUGCAUAAACAGUCACUGUAUCUGGCAAUUGCGUUUUCUGAAAACACUUUUAGGCCCCUACUAACGCAGGUAGAAAACACUCAGGUUCCUGAGCCAGUGUUGCGGAGUAGACACAGACAGAUAGACAGUCAUACUUUCAUAGGAAAAGGGAUUCACAGUUCAGACAAAAACCAUGCUAGAGUACUUCAAGUACUUUGUGUUUGCCUACCUAGGCUUUUACGUUCUGCUCCACAUAGCUCUUCGUGGAAAGGUCACUAUUGGAUUCAUCUCCUGGCUGCAUUUGAUCAAUGUGCAUAUCAACCUUGAAGCGUUGAAGGUCUCUAUCAAGUCGGUUUCAGUGCAAAUCAGACCGAUGUACUACUUGCAUCGCAAGAAGUUGAAGGCAACCCACCACGAUGGUUUGAUUGUUGUACAUUUCUACAGCCUCAAGCUGUUCUUGCUAGACGUGGAGAAUUCCACGUCCACAUCUACAUCCACGGCUUCGAAGGCCCCCCAACAGCAACCACCUUCACCAGUGGCUGCUGUGCCAAACGGUAAUGCGGUUGGAGAGUCAACAGCUGCAGUUAAAUUGGAGCAACAGCAUUCAAUUGACAAGACUCUGAAAGUACUACAGUGGCUUCGGUAUAUCCUGCCCCUAACGGUGGUCAUACACAAUCUUGAUGUGAUAAGAAAAGACACCUCGAUCAGGUUGGAGACGCUGUCCCUCUCUUUCAACUGUGAUAUGGAGACAAACAGGGAAACAAAGCAAAGAGAAUUAAGGAAUUCGAUACAUAUCAGCAUAUCUAACCUGUCGGAUGCACAUGGGAAAAUGGUUAAAGACCUCAAAUGGACCAUUGUUGGGGCUACUCCUCUUGCCAGCGCCUGCACUCCUCAUUUCAGCAAGUUUGUUUCAUCAUGUGUAGGACAUGGCGUAAGUAUUGACAUAGACGAAUUGAAGCAGCUGGUAAAGAAUUUGACACCUAAAAGAUCGAGAAACGUGGGAGAAGAAAAUCCCCCUGACAAAAGUUCCGAACAUGAGGGGAAAACCACCUCCACUGAAAAGAAAAAGAGAAGCUUUGAAGACUAUUUUAACAAAUUUGACAAGUGUGAUGUCUACUUUGCCGUCGAUGAAUUGCAUGUGAAAUCUGGCGAGUCGCAAGUGUGCAUCAAGAAUUUUGUUCAUGCUAUUAACAGUGCCGAUAAGAAAGAUAUGGUUUACAAAAAAUACUCCGGCUCGAAGCUUUAUAAACUGACAACUAACGUGUCCGGAUUAACUUUUUACACUGAGACGUUUAAAAACUCAAAGCUAAGAGUCGAAUUUCUUAACUUUCUCAGCAUUUGGGAUUUUAAGGCCCUUAUCUUUUCAAUUGAAAAUAUACAUAACUCUGACGUUAUUAAACAGUUCACUCAUGAUGAUUCCUUUAUAGCCCGAAGUUUUUUCACAGUCACAAACACUACGCUUUUUACCAACCUUGAGGACAUUAUUGCUUUUAAAGAGCUAAAGAAAUUGAAGGCCUUGCGUAACAAAACUAAUAAAAAUAGAGGUCAAAAUAGUGCUAGUGAAACUGUCCCGGAAGCAAAAGAACAAAACUCCACAGCCAUUCUGGAUAAUAUCUUGCGUCUUACACACAGAAUGCGUACACGGGCGCAACUUUUGACUUCAAUGCUUCAGGUGCGUUUGAGCGAUACUAUCAUCUCGCAAUUCCUAAUCGACGAUAUUUUAGUUGAUUCAUCUCUGACGGACAAUUUAGCUUCAUUAUUUGAGAUGGACAAUUAUCUGACUCCAACAAAGUCAAUUUUUGUUGCUGUCAGAAAUAUACAGUUUUCGAUCAUAGAACACUCCGUUGUGCAUAAGCUGCUGGUCAUGGAUUUGUUUGAUGCUUCUUGUUCUAUUGCUGUGAACGAUGAUACUGUCGUCAUUGACACCAUAUCUCUCUACACUCACCAUAUUGAGUUCUUGGCAGAAGAUAUCAAUAUUUUCAAACAGCUGGCGUUAAUAGCCAACGAAGUGGUAAACAGAAAACCUUCAGCUGUAGCAGAGGAAAUCAAGGUUCUCGAAGAGCUUGCCAUUGAAAUACAAGUAGAAGAUAAAGAAAAAAAGGAAAAUUCUGAUGCACGCCAUACAGAGCACAAGCCAAGAAAGUGCUCAAUGCUCCCUAAAUGUAUCAAUUCGUUCAAAUUUUUGAUACAUAGAAUAACACUAACCUCAUGUUUCAAAAAUCCAGUAAAGUAUUGGGACGGUGAAGAUCAAACUUCUAUCAACAACUUUAAGCGUGGUAUUAGUCUCUCAUUCUUAGAGUUCAACAUAAAUCAUGAUAAUACUGUUGAUAUACCAGUUUCCGAUAUCAGGCUGUCUGAUUUCACCGUUUCCUUAAUAAGAGACUACGAUCAUGAAAAACAUGUUGACAAGUUCCCAAAAAUUGUUUCCGUUCAAAACACCCACGUCAAGUACACGUAUCUUAACAAUAGGCUUUCUUUGGUUUUCCCAAUAUUCGAUAUAAUGUUAUCCGUCGAAGUUUUAUGGACAGUGAUUUUUAUUUUGACUGUGCUGAAGUCAUUAGGGGGAAGGAAAAAAGACGAAAAACACACUUUCAACAAAAAAGAUGCCAAUUUUAAUGAAAAGAAACCUGCUUAUCCUUUGAAUAUACUUGUGGCAUUUCCUUUGAUAAUGCUAAAAUUGAAACUUCCAUCUGACGUUGAUCUUGCAUUUGAAAUAGACUCAUUGCAGUAUACCAAGCUACCAUCGGCUACCAAGUCUCAAAGUAUUAGAGUUAAAGUUUUCAGAAUAUAUGGUCAAAAUGCGCACGCCGAAGGUUUCUGGACCCUUUUGGCUAUUGUUACAAAUGGCAAUUUCAUCAUCAUCCCCAAAGAAUUCAUAGUGAAGAAUGAAGAGCAAAUAACGGUACACUGUGAAGAUAUAAGAGUUGAGAUUCCAUAUGAGUAUGUUUUCUAUAAGACCUUUGACAAUUUGAAAGCUUUUUUCAAAUCUAUCAAAAAAUUGCGGGUAAAUUUCCAUGAUUUGAUGUUUAUUGAAAAUACCAAUAAAGAUUUCAAGGUAGGGGUAAUUAUGCCAAGCCUUGUAGACUCACCUCCAAGGUUUCCAAAAGUUCGUGUUAAGAGUAAGAGAAUUUUAUAUUGUAACCAUGAUGAUCCUUUUGAAGAGGAAAUAACAGCAUUUGUAAUGUUGGCGAAAAUGGAACAGCAAGUGAGAUUAUCGAAACAAAGAGCUUUUGAAAAGUAUGAAACCAAGAUGUUGUUAAAUUUGGAAGAGAAGUACAGGAAUGUUUUACGCUUUGAGAACGGUGUUGCUCUUAUGCCGGCAGCUUUGAGUAAAGGAGUCCGAGGCGGUGCUUUUUCAUCGACAGGAUCAGUACAGAUGAAGAAAUCGUUGUCCACUGGUUUGGUACAACUUCAAAGUAAAAAUGAAGGUACAGUUACUGUUGCACGUUCUAAGUUGGCAAAUGAGAUCCUUACAGAGGAAUGUGAAGCUUGGCUCGGUUAUCAGCGAGAAUAUCAUACCUCAAUAGAAAUACCAAGGAAUAGACUGAAUGCUAACAUCAGUAAGUCUUGGAUCAGUAGAGUUAAGGCUACGCAAAGAAUGAAGAAGUGUAUGGGUAGUAUUGACGGAGGGGUGAAAGCUGAUCCAAAAGUUCGUAAAGAAUUUCUCAAAAAGUUCCCUGUUGUUGUGGAGGGUAGCAGUCGUGCUUUGUUUGGUUUCAAAGUGCUUGAUGCUAUUGUUGAUUUAGAUGAGCCCGAAUUUGGUUUGGAGAACUAUCCUGAUUUCCUGCACAGAGUUGCUGGUGGCAUGCCAAGAGAUAUGAAGUACGGUAUUUUGGUUCCAAUGAAUCUCAAAUUGUGGUGCAGCGAGGUAAAAGUACAAAUAAAGGACUAUCCUUUACCAUUGGUAGGAUUUGGUGGAGGCAAAGGUGAUGGCUCUGACGCAGUUCAGUUUGCUGGUGAUAUGGUUAUUUGCGAACAGAAAUACUCCUUAGAAGAAAUCCGUUACAAUUUUGUCCCGUGCGUUCCUCAGUAUGAUGAUAAACAAAUGAGAGAUAGUUUAUAUGCUUUUCAUGUUGCACGUACCAUGACUAACGUUAAAUUUGUCACAGAUAUGGAUGUUUUUGUUGACUCAAGUAAGGCCGCUGCUGUGUCAUGGGCACCUUCUUUACAACCGGGUAUGAGCUACGCAUUCAACAGUUUUGAUUUGUUAUCUAAACCUCCACUUGAUAUUUCUCCAAAAUUGGGAUUUUGGGAUAAAAUGCCGCUUCUUGUACCAUCGAAAUUCACUUUUACUUUGAAGAAUGGUAUUGCGUUGUUUAUUAAAGCAAGCCAAUCGCCUUAUCAUUUAAUUGGUCGUAACGCUGGAUUUGCAUUCAAGUGGGACAAAGAUGUCAAAAUUUCAAUUAACAAAAAGGACAAGCCUGAAGAUUUCCUGAUUGUCGAGAGCCAAGUUUUUGAAAUAGGAGUUCCAGUAUUUGAUCCAGAGUACAUUUCUAGUUUGAUGACCAACGGAAUGGGUACUCCUCUUGAUUUCAAAAUUUCCAAAGUCCUUUUAAGACUUACAAGUACGCCAAUAGUAUGGAAGCUUGGCUUUUUGUUUGAAAGAAAUUUAAACAAUGAAAAACACGUGAAGCCUGGAUCAGUUGAACGUACGAAGUUUUUUAGACCUCAUUAUGAUGUUCAGUUAAGAAAUCCAGAUACUUUUGGAACAGACGAAGAGAGAGAAACCUGGGAUUCUUAUGAAGGUUGGAGAAGUGACUAUAUAUAUCUGGCGGUGUCCUUGUAUUCUCGUGAUGAUAACAAAUGUCAUGAGCUACCAAAGUCCACAGCAGGCUCGGCUUUCAAUUCAUUGUAUCUAACACCCAUGGCAAUGUUUUACUUUUUCUUUUGGUGGGACUCAUUCAAGUCUAGUUUAGGACUACCGAUAAAAACUGGAAAAUUGUUCAGGAAUAAAUUUUUGGUUGAUAGUAAGUCUCCAAAAUUUGGUGCUAGCAUUUUUGGGCUAACGUAUACCGUUGAUCUUUCGCCACUUUACUUAACACAUGUUUAUCAGCAUUCUUCUGUGGGGCAUGAUAGCAGUAAAGUUGCUUUUACUGGCAUGAAAUGUUUUGUCAAAUCUUUCACAAUGGAUCUUCACCAAUGCAGAAGGGAAGUUGUCACCGUUGAUGAUAAAACUAAGACUGCCCUAAAAGAGUAUCACUUGCAAAUGGAUAAGGGCGUUGUGGAUUUUGUUGACGCUGAUCUAAGAGUACUAACAGCUGUUUUCAAUCAAACCUCGGCGACUGGUAUGCUAGUUAAACAGUUGGGCCUUGAGAAAUCCAGCACUACUUUCACUGACGAUUCUUCUUCAGCGACAAGUGGGGAAUAUAUGGAUCGAGUUUGGUAUGAUCAUAACGAUUUCAUCGAGCUUGAAACUCAACCUGUCCCAGAAGAAGAACCAAAGUGGAAGGUUUAUGAAUUUGCGUCAACGCCAAGGUUCUAUUAUGUGAGAGAUGCUGGUAGCUCUCAAGUCGACUUCCCAUUUGACGUGAUAGAGACACAAACUCACAAUUGUCAGUUGGGCAACAGAGAUUUCUCACAUGCUGCCUCCCAUCUUGCUGACGCAAGAAUAGAAGAGUUAGAAGAUCAGAUAACCUUCCAUAAAUCUGAAAUAGAAGAUUUAAAAUCUAAACCAAUUAAUAAGUUUGUUGAAAAAACUUUGGCAGGUCUGGAUGCAGAUUUACAGGAGCUACACCACAGGCUGCAUGUACUAAGAUGUUUAAAGGACAAAUUUAGUGAAGGUGUUUUCCCCGAAUAUGAUGAAUUUCUGGAUGAUCAGGAAGAGUCUGAUGAUGAGGUAAAAUAUGAGCUUUCAAAGAUUGCUUCUAGAGUUUCCUCACACAUUUCAAGAUCUAAGUCAAGAAUCUCUACCGCACAAAUGCAGACAUCCAAUUAUAUUAACAGAUUUAGCAUAUAUACCAUCAACAUCAAAUGGACAAAGCAGUCUAAGUCUGGGUUUUUACGGUACUUGGAGAAAGUCAAAGACAGAAGGUUUUUGGUUUUCUCAAUGAGUCAGCAAGCUUUAUCUCUGGCUAAAGCCGUGCAAAAGUCAGCAGAGCAAUUUGUGGAAGAAGAUCCGGAUCUUUCAUUUCUUCGGAAUGAUCCUCAAGCUGAAUUUGAGAAGUCAAAGUGUCUGUUGGACGAUUUUGAUCAAGCUUUACAUGACACCACUGGUUACCAGGAAGCUGAAACUGAAGACUCGUUCCUGCUAAAACUUAUCUUACCUCAAAUUGCCAUUAGUACUGAUAGCAACAAAUGUGUUUUAUUGACUAGUAAUCAAAUCGUUUUACGGAGUGUAACAGUGAAGGGCUAUCAAGCUGACUCAAAUUUUGGAGAGAUAAGCAUGCCAUGUGAAAACAGAAAUGGACUGAUAUUAACUGAUGCGUUUCUUUACGUUCUGGAUAGAGAAAACAUUUUCAAUAACAAACACUCUUUUUUUAAUCCAAAAACUUUCAGUUGGCCUCCUAAGCUUCCGAUUGAGAUGUACUAUACUCCUGUUUCAUUAGAUGAAUGUGUUGUUGUUCAAGAUAUCUCAUGUGCUUUAUUGUUUGUAAAACCAAACGAGUUACGCUAUACAACGAACGGCAAUAACAAGAACGUGAGACGUAAAGAAACUGUCAGAAUUAUUGCUCCAGAGGUCAAUGUGACAACAGACAGUGUUCAGUUGGAAGUAUUGAAAAAUGUAUUUACCUCAAUGUUUGAGAAUGAUCAGACUGAGAUUCAUAAAAUAAAAGAAUCUGUGAAAAAUUUCAUAAAAUAUUCAGAUUUUUCCGAUUUCACAGAACUCAGUGUAGAUCUAAGAGAUUUACAAGCUGAGGCAAGACAACUCCUCCAGUGUCGAAGAUUAAUAAUGAAUUUCAACUAUUCCGAAGAUAUUGAUGUCGUGGAUGAUGUAGAGUCCAUCAAUAUUGAAUUAGAAAAAGUAUUUUUGAACUUGAAUGCUAUUGUUGAUAUCAUGCAAACUUCGAAAACCAAAAAAUACAAUGAUCUGCACGAGUUUACUCAGUGGAAUGUGAUGGCUCCUAUUAUCAAACUUCAGCUUGUGGAUGAAAAUAAGACUCCUUUUGUAGAAGUAAGUGCUAUUGAUUCUUAUUACAUGUUCACAGACUCUUCAAAUGGAGAAUCUACAAACACAGCGUAUGUGUAUGAUUUUGCAGUAUUUGACAAACAUCCAAAAGCUGAAUACGAAAUGGUUCUCACCCGUUUGGAUGAUUCUCGUGACCCUUUGUUCAGAAUGGAUUGGACUUUGCUGGCGCCUGUUGGAGGAAUCAAAAUUGUUGAGCAAAAGAGCUUUUCGUUUGCGCCUCUCAAAGUUGAAUUUGAUAUGAGAUUUGCAGAAGCCUUACAGGAGUUUUUAUUUCCUAAAAGUAAAGUGCUUCAAAAUAGUCAAGUAUUAAAUGAUAGUGAUUCUGAUGAUUUGCUUGAUGAAAUAGAGUCAAUCAAUUCUGAUGCCACUAGCCUGCAGCGGGUUGACAGUUCCUCCUCUGUGUCGACGGUUGAAAAACAGGGUUCCAAGAUCUCCAGAGCUUUCCACAAAUUACUACCGAAGCAUAGCUCAAAAAGUGAAAACUCUUCUUUCUUACCUUCAGUAUCAAAUCCGAGUACAGAGGAAGGUACUGUCUCUUUUACAAACAACGUCAAUAUUAGCAAGCAGGGAAAAAGUAAAUCUGAAAAUCUCAAGUUAAUGGACAAAAGGGCAGCUACCUAUUAUAUGGCAAAGCAGGUAAAGAUCGACCAAAUGAGACUCUCAAUUACUUUCCGAGGGGCAGGGAAAUUGCGCAUCAUUAACUUGUCCGACUUUUUUAUUGAAGUUCCUAUGAUUGAAGUUAGAAACAAGAUUAUGUCUAACGAAGAGCUUUUUGCUAUAUUGAGAAACAAGAUUGUCCACUACGUUUUGCGAAAUACUCAUAAUAUAAUUAAAAGUACGUUGAAAACUUCAAAAUCUUCGAAGGGUGCAUCCUCCAAUCCAUUAAUCAAUCCCGUUUUGAAAAUGAGAGCAAAAUCUUCCAAGAGUAAUGAAGAGGAGCAUAUCCACAGAGAUAUCGUUGACCCGAAGCAUGGAAAAGUACAUGGCCACAAACACCAUGCGGAAGGUUCAAAAUUUCAUGACACUGAUCUUCUUGAGCCCAAAAUAGGUAACGGAUUUACUGCUUUGCCACCAAAGAGGCUUGUUACUUUAAACGAAUUGGUCGAGCAAGACAAACAGGUGAACAACAACCUCGACGAUGCAGCAUUAUAUCAGUCGCUAGAUGACGUUCAGGAGGAAGAGGAAGAGGAAAAUGGCACAGGCCCCUGAGGAGGGGCAGGCGUGGUAUGGUGCAUUCAAGCCAGCUACUGUCAUGUAUACUAUGUAUAACGUUUACCAGUUCAUUCUAUUUAUUACAUUCACUAUAACAUUUAUCACUGAACCAUUACAUGUGCCGGUUCCUGCAG